CUUUCACACGCAUAAAUACUUGCACGUUAUAUUCUUUGGAUAAACAAAUUAAAAAUAGUCGAUAAUAUUCAACUCUAACAAUGAACAAACAUCACAAUUUUCAGGAAGAUUAUCAGCUAAAUUCUUCUGGCAGUUCUUUAGCCAUGAACUCCUCUUUUGGGACAACACCAGAAAGGCAUUCUUCUUUUUCUCAAGAUUCUGAAUCUGCUGCCAGCGCUCUUCAUAGCCCAUCUUCUUCAGAUUACUCACCAAGAAUUACUCCAAGUCAGGAUGAUUCAUCUGUAAUUAUUCAAAAGAGGAAAUUGGGGAAGAAGGCAAAAAGUUAUGCAUAUAGAAUUCGUGAGCAUGUGAAGUUGGGUCCGAACUUUUCAGAAACGGUGAAGGGGAAAUUGAAGAUAGUGAAAGAAGGAGGGAGAAGAAAUAUAUUCAGGCAUAUGUUUAAUGUGAAUGAAGGAGAGAAACUGCUCAAGGCAUCGCAGUGCUAUUUGUACACAACAGCAGGUCCAAUUGCUGGGAUUUUAUUCAUAUCAACAGACAAAAUUGCUUUCUGCAGUGAAAGACCCAUCGCUGUUCCUUUUCCCUCUGGGGGAAUUCUUAGAACACCUUACAAGGUGGUUAUUCCAGUGAAGAAAAUUAAAAGAGCUCAUCCGAGUGUGAACGAGAACAAACCAUCUCAAAAGUACAUUGAGAUAGUAACUGAAGAUAAUUUUGAAUUUUGGUUUAUGGGUUUUGUACGUUAUGAAAAAGCUUUCUUGAAUUUACAAAAAGCUAUUUCAAUGUCGAAUUAAAUGUUUUAGACAUUAGAAUCUUUAGUACUCUAUAGAUUUUUUUUUCUUUUUUAAUUUUUGUUGAAUUGGUGGCAUUUUAUUAGGACUGUUUAUCCAUCGUUUACCUUUCUGUCAACGACUAUAGUUUCAAAUUUCAACUAUUUUAGCUAUAGGGAUAUGAAUUUUAUGUUCAGGUGUAGUUAUCUAUGGUCAUUUGGAGUACUUUUGGACUCCCUGUUUGACUUGAAAAGUAUGAAAGCUCCUAAUAAUUAAGUUCUACCAAUUGAUUAAAA